CUCCUUCCUGCCGGCUCCCCUCCUCCUUCUGCAGCGCCGAGGGCCCCUGUGCAAAGAGCCCUGCGCGCGGCGUGAGCGCCGUGUUGGGAAACCACAGCCAGAUGUUGAGGCAGCUGCCAAACUCCCAGCUGCUUUUCACAUCCGCUCUGGGCACCGGGUCGCGGAGUUUCUCGUAGAUCAGGCUCUCCGCUCGAGGUUAUGGUGUCUGCAAGGCAAUGAGAAUGUAGAAGGCAGUGCCAUGGAAAAGAAAUCGCACUUCAUUAAAAGAGAGUUUCUGCAAAGGGAGGUACCUUUGGUCUUGCUGGGGCUGCUGCUUGUGACCGUCCUGCUCCUUAAUGGCCUUCUCUAUCUGUACCUCAACAAUUUUUACGGCUCUUCUGGACGUGCUGAUACGGACCCCAGCCUCUGCCCUUUUGGGUACUUCAAAUUAGGAACGGCGAAAAAUUGCUCCCCAUGGCUGUCCUGUGAAGCCAUAAAUAAGGAAGUAAGGAAACUCAAAUGUGUUGGUGAAGGAGCUGUGAAAAAGGUCUUUCUUUCUGAGUGGAAGGAAAACAAAGUGGUCCUUUCACAGCUCACCAACUCAGAGCUGCAGGAGGACUUUCUCCACGGACUGAAGAUGCUGAAAGCACUACAAAGCAAGCACGUUGUCCGCCUGCUUGGCUACUGUGAGAAGCAGUUCACAAUACUCACCGAGUACCAUCCUCUAGGCUCCCUGAGGGGCCUGAAUGAAACUCUGCACAUGCCUAAGUACAAGGGCUUGAACACCUGGCAUCGCAGGUUCACGCUUGCUAUAGACUACGUGAGCAUCAUUCGUUUCCUGCACAGCAGUCCCUUGGGCACCUUAGUGAUGUGUGACUCUAAUGACCUGGACAAGGUGCUCUCUCAGUAUCUCCUCACAAGUGACUUUCGCAUCCUGGUGAAUGAUUUGGACGCUUUGCCGCUUGUGAACAGGAGUGCUGGCGUCCUGGUGAAGUGCGGUCAUCGGGAGCUCCAGGGUGAGUUUGUAGCGCCUGAGCAGCGUUGGCCCCACGGAGAAGAGGUGCCAUUUGAUGAUGAUCUCAUGCCCCCCUAUGAUGAGAAAACAGACAUAUGGAAAAUCCCCGAUGUCUCCAAUUUUUUCUUGGGCCAUGUAGAAGGGAGUGACAUUGUGCGACUGCAUUUGUUUGACAUCCAUGCAGCAUGUAAGAAGAAGGACCCAGCUGAAAGGCCUUCUGCCCAAGAGGUCUUAGACACCUACAGGAAAGUUUUGACUCUGCUUAUUCGGGAGGCUGCCAUGCCUGGUACCAGGGAAAUGUUGUAGAGAAUCAUGGGACGAACAUUGGACUGAAGUUGGUGUCCUUCCUAUUUAUUUAGCUUGCCUGAAGACUAUAAUGGAGCAAGCUCUCUAUCCCCCAAACUGAAAAGAUAAGAACCACCAAACCUGUACUUUUGUCUUUUGACUAAAAAAAAAUUCCACCCAAUGUUGGGAGCUGUGUGAGUUUCCCAUUAACAUGUUUUAUCUAUCAUUGGAAGAGGGGGGGGAAGAAGAGAAAUGAAGUUGCGUGGAUGUGGCGGGUUUUCUGGGUUUUCCUCAAAACCCAGGAAACUAUAUUUUUAAAAAAAGUCCAUUUUUACCAGGAAAGAAUUUGAAAGCAAAAAGAAAUGUUGACCCACUUGAAAUGACUGUCAGAGGCCUGGAGAGCGGAGACUGACCCAAGCCCCACUGAGAGCUCUUUACAAGCUCUGUGCUGAUUUCAGCAGCUGCCCUCUCUCAACGAGAAGGUCUUUGGUGUAUCACCUAACCACACAGUCCUCACUCACCUCUCCAGGGAGCCAAAGCAGCGGUCAGUCAGAAAUGAAUAUCUCAGUUCACCUCCGAUUUUGGUGAGCCAUGACUUCUGUGGACUAGGUCCUUGAAAUACCUACAAGCCUGCCUGUGACAACUGUCACGUGGUCUUGACUUGAGUGGUAAUUUGUAAGUAGAGAAGAAGUACACUGUCCUUUCUGUUGAGGAGCUUGUGCUAAUGUUCCCCUUCAUCCAAACAAGUCAUGUUACGACUGAGAACGUGCUGUCAACUUUUAUACAUUAAGUUCAAAUACAUGUGUAUUCUGCUGGUACUAAAAUUUUAUUAUAGAUAGGAAAACUUUCCUGCAAAUGACUAAAUAUAUACCUGAUUCCGUAGAACUCCAGCAGGAGCGCUUUGAAGGUUGCUCAUUAGAGCUUUCAUUUUCCUGCAGCUGGUUUAUUUUCUUAAACUAGCUGAUUCUGCCACUUCCCAGUUGUGCGGUCUUAGCCAGAAGACUUCUUCCUGGCAGCCCUUCUGCUCAGGUUGUCAGGACGCGAAGCUCAGAAGUCAGGGUCUCAAAAGAGACUAGUGAUUAUGGGUGCUUCCUGUUUGAUUGGACUUUGACUCAAAUCCCCUUAAAGAAGCUUGAUGAAAAAAACAAGUGCUCUGUUUGCCCCAUUUAUUAAUAGGGUUAACCAGAGUUCUACAGUUCCAGCAUGAAUCCAGGCUGUGUAACAGCUGGAAAAGUAUUUGGAUAUAGUCAAGUUCUGAAGGGCUAAGAGUCAGAUCCUUUGCAUGAACCCCCAGCAGCAUCUUGUUACAUCUUGUUAGCCUUUAUGUAUACUUGAAAGAAAUACCGGCAUCUGAUGGCUGUGAAGUAAACACAGCAUUUGUCUUUUAUGAGAGUAGAAAGGACAAAUAAGAACUUGCCAAACUUCAUUUCCUGGCCUCUUGGUUAAGACAAGCUUCUGCUUGGAUUCUUGCUCUGUUGUGUACUACUGCACCUUGCAAGCAUCCAUAUUAAUUUCACAAAACAAACAAAUAAGUGGGGACAAAUUCUGGUUCUGAAUAAUUAUGUUGCAUUGGAGAUGUCUUUGUUCCUGGAUGAAAUAGGUACAAAUUAAAAAGAUGGUGUCUCACUAAACGUUCAGCCUGAGCUUUGGAUCCUCUGCAAGUCUCUUCCCCUUUCCUUCCCACUCAGCUUCUGUGUUGUCCAGCCUUGUAUUUCAGCAAUGAAUAAAUUACAUUUUUUCUCAACAGA